UUUCCCCCCCUCUUAAAACAAUAGUCCCUAUGGGACUGUAUCCAUCUAAGCCAUACUCAGAAUAGAGCCACUCAAAUCAAUGGAGUUAUGGAGUCCAUUGAUUUUAAUGGAUCUACUUUUAGUAUGAUUUACUUGGAUACAGCCUAUUGUUUUUAAGUUUCAGCUUUAAUCGGCAAAAUGUGUGUGUUUGCUUCCAGAGUCACUAAACUUUUAUAAGCACAAAGCAGGUAAUAUAUUCACAAAUUAACAUUUAGUAAGCAUCCAGUUUACAGACAGUAGCAAUUUACACUCUACUAUCAAGAGUGUUGAAGGCCUAAUGAAAUAUCCUGAAUCCUAGAGCUGUAAUUUCAAAAGAAUACAGGUCAGUAUCUUGGAUGCAGUGCAUCUCAUACUGAGCAUCAAUGUAUUUCCCAGCAUGUGAAGAAAUAGCCUGCCACAAGUGUGUGAAAAAAGCCUGCGGUGAAACCCCAAAGUAGCAAUGGAAAUGAGUCUACUUGAAGCUACUCUUUGUGAUGCAGAUGUGUUACACAGGUUGCCAUAGUAGCUGCAUCCAUAACAAAAGGGAGCCAGCUGCAGGGCAGAAGUAGGUCAGACUGGUCUAAAUAAUACUCACUUUGAUCAGAAAAAGCACAUCCAGAUCAGUGAGGGAAAGAAGAGGAGAAAUGGGAAGGCUAGAGACAAGAGUUAAGGAUGGAAACCUAUGAUGUUAAAAAAAAGAGAGAAAGAGAAAAGGUUUCUUGUUCUUUUCAGUCCAAGAAACAAAUUCAGAGGCAAUCUUUUAACUGGACAUUUAUAUUAAGUUUGUCUUAAGACAGAGCUAAAGCAGUGUGCAAUUGUGUAGUAAACGGCCCAACUCCAUUUUGUUUCUAGAGGGGUCUAAAUCCUCUCACAGUAAACAGCCCAAUCCAAUGUGCAGUUUACUUGAAGCAUAUCUGACUAAAUUUAAUGGGACUUCCUCCCAGAACUUUCUUCUGUAGGACUUUUAUUGACAUCCUCCAUCCCUAGCUCUCCUCAUCAUGGAAACCAUUUCUCAAAUUCUUCAGGAUGUGCGUGACUACUGGGCUGACCAUUUUUCUCAAAGAUUUCUACCCAGGCGGCCAACACUUCGCCAAACAACCUCUUUGUCCACUUACUAUCUGUUGGACUACAAAACCCGGCAAGCUGAACUAGGGAUGGAUUAUGGCCCUCCAAGUACUCAGCUGAACAAAGCCAAGUUUGUCUUCCAGGGGGGUGCCUGGCAGGGUGAUGGUGUCCCUCCGCAGAUGCCCUUACUACAGUUAUAUUCCUCCUCCUCUCAUCAUGAUAAGGAAUCACCUAACAAGGCCCUGAAGAAAGCAAACAAAGCUCUACUGGAAGAGAACAAUUACUUGAAGCUGCAGCUUGAGCUGCUAAUGGACAUGCUGACAGAGACCACAGCACGACUACACUCAUUAGAGAAAAAACUGGACAUGACUUCAUGGCACCCAAAGAUUAAGAAGCCAAGCAAGGUGCUGAUGCUCCGGUCUUAAUAAACAUCUUGGACCCAAGACCAGAGAGAAUUGUAUUUCUGAAGAAGUUUGCCUUCCCAUGUCCAGACAUUAAAUAAAAUCUUGAAGAAAAUGA